AUGAAGCUUCCUCCUGGAUUGUCUGUUCCUGCCUCCACUUCUUCUUCUACAUCUUUGGUCCACAAGCUCCAGAAAUCCCUUUAUGGGUUGAGAGGCUACAUGCAUUCUCUUAAUGACUAUUCUGUCUUCACUAAGGGUUUUGGGGCUUCUUUGGUUAUAUUGGUUGUUUAUGUAGAUAAAAUCAUACUAACUGGUACUGACUUUACGAAAAUUUUUGCCCUGAAGAGCUUUCUCCAUGAUCAGUUCAAAAUCAAGGAUUUGGGUCUCGUUAACUACUUUCUUAGUAUUGAAGUUCUUUAUACUUCUUCUGGGGUUCUGUUGCAUCAAAGGAAAUUUAUUCAUGACCUUUUAGAUGAGUUUCACUCUCUUGAGUGUACUCCUGUCACAUGCCCCCUUGAAUUAAAUGUGAAGCUGAAGGCCAAGGAAGUCCAGCAUUUGAGUCAGUUCAUGCAGCAGCCUUGCCACCCACACAUGAAGGCUGCUCUUCAUCUUCUCAGAUAUCUCAAGGGUUCAGCUGAUUCUGGGGUCUUUUACAACAAUGAUCCUGCUAUGUCUUUACAGUUGUUUUGUGAUAGUGACUGGGCCUCUUGCACUGACAGUAAGAGGUCAGUCAUUGGUUUCUGCAUCUUCCUUGGAGGUAGUUUGGUGGGUUGGAAAUCCAAGAAGCAACUUGUGGUUUCUCUUUCCUCAGCAGAAGCUGAGUACAGAUCUAUGAGUAAGGCAGUGGCUGAAGUUACUUGGUUGUCCAGGUUGUUGUCUGAUUUAGGUGUGCUUCUUCCCACUCCUGUGCAUGUAUUUUGUGACAGCCAGGUUGCCCUUCAUAUUGCUAAAAAUCCUGUCUUUCAUGAGGGGACGAAGCACAUAGAAUUGGAUUGUCAUUUUGUACGUGCCAAACUUGGAGAUGGGUUGAUCUCUCUUGUCCACACUCCUAUUGCCUCUCAAACUGCUGAUAUACUCACCAAGGUUCUACCUGGUCCUGCUCAUCACCUACACACUCGCAAGUUGGGGGUUUUGUCACCCUCCAACUUGAGGGGGGCUGUUAGAAUAGGCAAAUUAGAUAUAUUAGAUGUUGGUUAA